AUGUUCCCACUCUGGAGGUUCUUCCUCCUUCUCGGAUUGCUGGCCUUGCCCUUGGCACUGCACAAGCAGCCUUGGCCUCGCCUGGCCAUGGCCUACACAAGCAGCAAAUCCAUCCUGGCAAGAAUCAUCGCCCAGGGCCUCCUAAAGCACAAAGCAGAAGACCGAAUCCAGAACCUCCACCUUGUGGACAGUCUGAAUAUCUCAGGGAUGGUGGUUCCAGGCAUGGUGGGCUGGCUAAUUGGUAGCUUGAGCCUCAAGCAGCAGCAAGAGAUCAGCAUCAACAUCACCAACGUGCAUCUGGACUGUGGUGGGAUCCAGAUGUCUUGCCAUAAGGAGUGGUUCUCAGCAAACAUCUCGAUUGAAUUUGACAUUGAAUCAAAACUGCCCUUUAAUGUGAACACCACCAAGACACAUGCGCUCAUGGGGCUCGCUGUGGACUUCUGGCUGAAGAAAGACCAGUUUGGCCGGAGGGAUCUGGUGAUGGGCAGAUGCCACAUGGAGCCCAGCAGUAUGGACACGAGAGCCCUCACUGAGGCCAUCCCAUCUAAGAUGAAACACUUUCUCUACAACCUCAAGGAGAGCCUAGUGAAAAUUCUCCCACACCUGGUAGAAAAUCAGGUGUGCCCUCUGAUCAGUGAAAUCCUCAGGCAGCUGGAUGUGAAGCUGUUGAAAGGCCUCAUGGAACAGGUGUCUGCUCAUGAACUUGACCAACUCUGA